CCGGGUGCAAAGUCUGCACUGGGUUUUAGAUUCUUCCCAGACCAGGAGGAUCCGGGCUAUGCCGCCCCCAACCUUCCUGCUGCUGCUGUCGGGGGCCCUGGUCCUGACUGAGACCUGGGCAGGCUCCCACUCCGUAAUGUACUUGCACACCGCGAUGUCCCGGCCCGGCCCCGGGGAGCCCCGCUUCAUCUGCGUGGCCUACAUGGACGACACGCAGUUCCUGCGGUUCGACAACAACGACCCGAGUCCAAAAAUGGAGGCAACAGUGCCGUGGAUGCAGCUAGAGAGGUCGGAGUAUUGGGAGAGCCAAAAGCGGAUUGUCACGAGCCACGUCCACAUUGCCACACUCCGACUGAACAACCUGCGGAUGUACUACAACCAGAGCGGAACAGGGUCUCACACCUUGCAGGUAAGGAAUGGCUGUCAGGUGGGCCUGGACGGUAGCCUAAGCCUGUUCAAUGAAUUCGCCUACGAUGGCGUUGAUUCCCUCACCCUGAUGGAGGAGCUGCGUGCCAGGACCCAAGCGGGCAUGGAGGUGCAGACCUUGGAGGAUGAGUGGGAGAAGGUUGUUGCCUUUGAAUUCAACACUCGCCACCUAGAACAGGAGUGUGGCCCCUGGCUCCAAAGACAACUGAAGAAAGGGAACUGGACACUGCGUACAAAACCCCCAAAGACAUUUGUGACUCACCACCCCACCUCUGACCAUGAGGUCACCCUGAGGUGCUGGGCCCUGGGCUUCUACCCCGCGAACAUCACCCUGACCUGGCAGCGAGAUGGGGAAGACCUGACCCAGGACACAGAGCUGGUGGAGACCAGGCCUGGAGGGGACAGAACCUUCCAGAAGUGGGCGGCUGUGGAGGUGCCUUCUGGAGAGGAGCAGAGAUACACAUGCCAUGUGCACCAUGAGGGGCUGCUGGAGCCCCAAGUCCUGAGAUGGGAGCCACCUCCUCAGUCCUCCAUCGCCACUGUGGGCAUCAUUGCUGGCCUGGCUCUCCUUGGGGCUGUGCUCACUGGAGCUGUGAUUUGGAGGAAGAAGCGCUCAGGCAGAGAAACCCUUAUAUGA